GUGGAGGAAUAGAGUUUAGCCAUCUGGAUUUAAGAAGCUGAAAACCCAUGUCUCUUCCCCGACAGCUGCGAGAAAAGAGUGAUUUUGACCAGCUUCCAGAUGAUGUACCUGUUUCAGCUAACAUUGCAGAUAUUGAAGAGAAGAAAGGCUUUACUAAUUAUUAUAUGUUUGUCAUUGAAGUAAAGGUUAAAGGUGGUGGCAGAUACCUGAUUUUCCGACGCUAUCGUCAGUUCUAUGCCCUGCACACCAAACUAGAGGAGAGAUAUGGGGCAGAGAGCAAAAAUAGCCCUUUUACCUGCACACUCCCAGUAUUGCCAGGAAAAGUUUAUGUUGGGGCCAAAAAGGAAAUCGCUGAGAACAGGAUUCCUAUCCUAAAUGUCUACAUGAAGAACCUACUCUGCCUACCCGUUUGGGUGUUGAUGGAUGAAGAGGUACGGCUGUUCUUCUACCACUCAACCUUUGAUAGUGAACAGGUGCCUCACAGACUGAGACGGCUUCGCCCACGGACACGCCGAGUUAAAAGCAUUUCACCUCAAGUGCCUAUUUUUGACCGCAUGGCAACUCCACGGGCUGAGGCACUGUUUGAUUUUUCUGGAACCAACAAACUGGAACUCAGCUUCAAGAAGGGAGACUUGAUCUAUCUACUCAGCAGAGUAAACAAAGACUGGUUAGAGGGAACAGCUGAUGAUGCCACUGGGAUUUUCCCACGUGCUUUUGUGAAAAUCAUAAAAGAUUUACCACAGCAGGAAGACACAGUUAAUAAAGUUCGCUGUUAUUACCAUGAUGAGACUAUGAGCACUAUCAGGGAUAUCUCAGUGGAAGAGGAUCUGAGCAGCAUUCCACCACUCAAAGAUCUCAUGGAAUUGAUGAGGCGGGAGUUUGACCAAGAUGACAUUGUUUUGAAUUACCGGGACCUUGAUGGUGAUCUGAUCCGGUUGCUCUCCGAUCAGGAUGUUGAACUCAUGGUGUCUCAGAGCAGGAGAAGGCCCUCUGAGAAGCAUUUCUUCCCUUGGAAGUUGCACAUCACUCACAAAGAUGACUUGGGUGUCUACAACACUAGUCCAGGAAUAGGUGCUACUCAAACAGUAAGAAAGAGCAACAUAAGUGCUAUAUAGAGAUGUUCCAGUAGGUAGCUAUACAGUCCUGUAAUCCCUGUCUGCAGACAGUUUCCUUUAACAAGCCUUUGAAGUGAGCUUGAAAAGAGUAAUAUAUUACCUUUCAAUGUAAAAUCUGUACUUAGUUAGCUUUUCAGCUUUUGAGCACUCCUCUGUAACAGACAUGUACAUAGAGACCAGAGAAAGUGAGGAACAGAGAAAUAAAAUCGCUAGCCAUAUUCACAAAGCAAGUCAGUGUUAGCUUGCAAUAGAGGUUUAGUGUCCUGAGCCCCAAGACCUGCUCUAAUCUCUCUUCUCAUUCCCAGAGGUAAUUAUUUGUCCAGAAUGUCUUCAUAAGCUCUUUUUCUAGACUGCCAUAAUUUUCUCUUCACUUGCUGAUAUGAAGGUUUGUGUGCCAGUGCUUAUGAAUGCAUAAUUGUUUCUGUCACGUGGGAGUCUGACUGGGCAUUCAGAGUUUGUUCUGGAAGCAUCAAGAAAACUUUUUCAUAUUUCAGUGAAGAAUUUGCAGCUCACCUUUGCUUUCUUCUUUCCACUGACCGAUAUUUUGAAUUCUGUGAAUCAAACCUAGUACACUUGUGGUGUUCCUCAUAGACCUUUUUGUAAUUGUACAGACUACUUAUUUCCGCAUUCUGGGAAACCUUGUGUGAUGCCUAUUCAAAUAGCAAUUUUUUCUCUGUCUAUCUUCUGCUUUCUGACAUCUCACUGCAAAGUAGAACCAACAAGAAACUACUGUAUCAGAUUCUUCAACAAAUAAAGUUACAUAUG